UUCAUUUUGUUCUUUAUUAUUCUUUAUGAUCAGAAAAAGGCAUGCAUACUUCAUAGAAAUGAUCAAGCCAAGACAAGAGUCAAAGAAAAGUUUGAAAAAUCUGAAAUCAAGAAAAUAUUCAUUACUGACAAUCAGUUUCAAGUUUUUACUGUAAGUUCCAAUGCAUUCUUUGACCACAAUUUAAAGCUGGAAUCAAGUGAAACAGAAAUCCCAAAGUUGCAGGAUGAUCUGAGGAAUCUUAACAAGAGCAUUAACAGAGAACUGACUAGAGAUUAUGUCAAUAAAGUAAAGGGAACUUUGCUCUUAAUUCAAAGUGGCCAGCUGGAUCCAGACAAGAAAAUGAUUGAAAUAAAAGUCAACAUCUGCAAAAAACUUGAAGAGAACCUAAGGAAGUCACUAAUUGAACUGGACAAAUAUUUUGACAGCAUUUAUAAUGAUCUGGAGCAGCAUCUCUCAAAGGGAGUGGAAGAAUCUGUGCAAUUAUGUGUUGCUUCCACAAAGGCAAUGAUAGCACCUAAUACAGAUGGAAGGGGGUUCCAUAAAAUCCUUGGAGCGUUGUGCAAAAACUAUGGAUGCUAUUGGUCAAAAAAUCGGGAUGUAGUUCUAGACCUGAACAAAACAUUGGCCAAGUAUUUGCACAAAUGCAUUGAUGAGGAUUUCUAUCAAUUUUUUCCUGUGACUGGGAAAACAGGGAAAUCAGUGCAGGAACAGAUUGAUAAAUUCAGUAUCAUCCAGAGUGACUCUGCUUACCCCAGCUGUGACAUACUACAUAACAUUCAAAACUUCAUCAAAAUAGAGCAAACCAAACUGAAGGAAGCACUCAACAGAGACAUUGUUGACAUGAAGAAGGACAUCUACACAUCAAUCAAAAUAACCAUUUUGAAUCAAAUGGCUUCUUGCUAUCAGCAAGCUGCAGCUGUGACAGGAACAGGAUCCAUGAAGAUGAGGCAAGAACUGUUAAUAUCCACAGUCGAUAAUAUAAAACAAGACAUGUUCAACAAAGCAAAAGUGGAAGUGCUAAAAAGGUUUAAUAACUUGAAGCUGGACAUAAAGAGUGCUCUUGAAAGCGAACUACAGGAAGCAAUAGAACGCUCACAUUCACAAACCAGCAAAAAGAAACAGAUGGAUGUCUCCAGAAAGAUUGAACAGCUGGAGAGACUUCUAGACCAACUGUCUGACUGAUGUGUAACAAACAAUAAGAAGCCCAAGAGAAAUGGCACAAAUCACGAAAGAAGCGUAACAACUGUGUAACAAGUGUAACACAUUUUCAGUCAAUUUUUUACAGCAAACAUUUUAUAUUAAGUGUGUUUAUUUUUAUGUGGUGGAAGAUUCAUUUUCAUAAAAUUUCUGAACUUUGGGUUUUAUAUUAGCUAGGGUUGCAUGAAACACAAACUAUAUACUGAUUUGUUGUUUUUUAUUAUAACUGUUUUAUAGCAAAACAUGGAAAGUACAUUAAAAACGUAGCUGUCUAAUUUUCAAGAACCUUAAUACAUUUCUGUCAGGACCAAAUGAUUUAAAGUUUGGAGUGGGGUUAUGGUUCUGUUCUGGGUAAAAACUCCCUGCCCAUCCAUGCAACUUGUCAUGAAUGAGAGGGGAGAGCAGCAAUAACCCCCUUAGGGUUAAUAGAACAGAACAUGAUGUAGCAUAUAUAAUUAAUGUUAUUAAUGACAUUUUAGUGUGACGACAUUAUUCAAGAUAAAAGGAGUCUGAUUCAGGAAACAAGGAAUAUCAGAAAGCCAAGUCUUGACUGUGACAAGAAGUGGGGUUGGGGAUAGAGAGGGGGAAAUUUGCUUCUGAGCGAUGAGCAUACCUCUUUCA